AUGUCAUUAAUGUAUCCGAAAAAGUUGGAUACUGAUUCCAAAGAUAUAAUCAGCAGACUACCAGAAGCUCUUAUUCACCACAUCUUGUCCUUCCUUUCCACAAAAGAAGCUGCUUUAACAUCGCUUCUCUCGAGAAAAUGGCGGUUUCUCUUCGCUUUGGUUCAAAAUCUUGAUUUUGAUGAUCGGUUAUAUAUGAAACCUGAUUUGGUUAACCAAGAAAGUACUUUGAUUCAUAAAACUUUUAUAGAGUUUGUGGAUAGAGUAUUGGGUUUGCGGGGGAGUUUUCCUGUAAACAAGUUCACUUUAAAGUGUGGAAAUGGUGUUGAUGAUGUUAGUGUCAAGCGUUGGAUAUACACUGUGUUGGAGCGUGGUGUAUCGGAUCUUGAUUUACGCAUUGCCAUACAUUGGGAUGAUCUGUUUCCUUCAGAAGUCUUUGUGAGCAAGUCACUAGUUAGGUUAAGAAUAGGAGCUAGAAAUGGUCUCGUCUUUGGAGGUGCUCUCUUCAUUGAACCAGAACAUGUUUGCCUUCCAAAGCUGAAGACUCUUUAUAUUGACUCGGUUCUGUUUGAAUAUCAAAAUAUUUGUCUCGCCAAGCUUCUUUCAGGUUGUCAUGUCCUUGAGGAAUUAAUUGUGAUUAAUCUUUGGUGGAAUCAUUGGGAGUCUUGCUCUGUGUCCGUUCCAACUCUCAAGAGACUAACGUUCUGUACCGAGGGCUAUCAGGAAAGCCCGAAGAGUGUUACGUUUGAUACUCCAGCUCUUGUCCACUUUGAAUAUUCCGAUACUAUUGCAUUAAAGUAUGAAAAAUUGAAUUUUGAUUCGCUCGUUGAAGCUAGCCUCAAUCUUCGAGUGGGAUAUGAGGAGGUAGGAAUUGUAGAAUUACCGGAUCAGGAACCACUUAGAGUACACGCGAUGGUUGGCGAUGCAACAGAACUACUUAUGGGAAUACGCAAUGUUCAGAUCCUUUACUUAUCUGCCAACACUAUUGAGGUACUUACGUUCUGUUGCAAAGCAAUACCGAUAUUCAACAACCUGACUCAUUUAACUAUUGAGAGUAACACAGAAGUUGGAUGGGAAUCAUUGCCGAAUCUGCUCAAGAAUUGUCCAAAUCUGAAAACACUCAUUUUCCAUGGACUCCUCCACAAAUCUACAGAUAGAUGUGGAGACGUGUGCCGGUGCAAACCUCUGAAGGAUAAUCCUACUUGCCUAUCAUCAAGUCCGGUGAAGGUUAUAAAGAUACGGAAGUUUGGAGAAAUUGAUAACAAUACAGAAUUAGCUCAGAUCAAGCAUUUCUUGGAGUCAAUGCCGCAUCUUGAACAGCUCGUUGUAUGCUACGAUACAUCAAUUGAAGAAAAUCUGCUUAAAGUAUCCAAGCAACUUCAGAAGCUUCCUACACUAGCUUCAGCUAAGUGCAAGAUCCAAGUAAUCUCCAAUAACCUCAGCAUUUCAUUUACUCUUUCCUCUUCCUUAUCGAUGAAAUGA